GAAACCAGAAGUAGCAGUACCAGAGGUCGCUGCUGAGAUUAAGAAACCAGAAGUAGCAGUACCAGAGGUCGCUGCUGAGAUUAAGAAACCAGAAGUAGCAGUACCAGAGGUCGCUGCUGUAAUCAAAAAGCCAGAAGUUGCAGCACCAGAGGUUGCUGCUGAGAUUAAAAAACCAGAGGAAAAAGUACCAGAAGCAGCAGUACCAUCUGAAGAUGAAGGCAUUAUAGUACAAGGAGAACAACCUCAGUAUAUUCUAAAAAUGGACGAUUGCUUGGUUGAAGAGGGCAAAGUAGCCAAGUUUGAAUGCCGUGUUGUGGCUACACCAGAUCCAAUAGUUACAUGGAUGAAAGAAGGAAAAGUCAUUGAAGCAGAUGAGCGAAUCCAGUUACAAAAUAUAAAUGAUAAUAUUUAUUCUUUGAUAAUACCUGUUGUAAAACUUGAAGACAAAGGACGAUAUAUAUGCUGGGCUAAAAAUGAAUUUGGCGAAGCUUACACUGAAGCAUAUUUAAAUGUGAUCCCUGUUGAAACAGUUGAUCGUACCAAAGAACAAAAAGCUCCAAGAUUCAUUGAAAGAUUUGAUGACAAAUCUACAAUGGAAGGAACAAUGACUGAACUAAAGUGCAAAAUUACAGGAUAUCCUGAUCCAUUUGUAAUGUGGCUAGUUAAUGACUAUGAAAUUGGUCCAACAGAAGAUUUUGUUGUUACUAGAGAUGGAGACAAUUGUUCCUUAAAAUUGAAUAAACUGUCUCUAGCAGAUACUGGUGUAUAUACCUGCCGCAUUAGUAAUCCCCUUGGAGAAGCAAUAUGCAGUGCAAGAAUAACUGUAAAAUCUGAGAAACCUCAUGAUAUCUAUGAGAGAGAACCAAAAUUCAUUCGCAAACUGGAUGACGCUAGAGUACAUAAAGGUCGUAAUGUCUGUUUUGAAUGCACAACUCUCGGAGAUCCACAGCCAGAAAUUAAAUGGUACUUCAAGGGAAAAGAGAUUAAGAGUUCUGAUCAUUACAAAAUUGAAUCGGAUGGCAAGAAACAUUCCCUAUUUGUCUAUGAUGUUCACCCUGAUGAUGAGGGAGAAUAUACAUGUAAAGCUUCAAAUCCGAAAGGAGAAUUAACAUCCUCAGCCAAACUAACAGUAAAAGAUGAUGUAUCCCCACUCAAAGAGACCAGAAAAUCCAUUUAUGAUUUACCACCAUCAUUUUCAAAACGUCUUCCAAAUCUGUUUGUCAAAGAAGGUGCUUCUGUUAGGUUUGAAUGCAGAGCUAUUGGUAUACCUGAUGUUGAAGUGUUCUGGACAAAAGAUGGAUAUCCUCUUCAACCAGAUCCACGCUUUAAGUUAGCUGAAUUUGAAGGCAACUGCUAUUUGAGCAUAGAGAAUGUCCAACCUACUGAUCUUGGAAUGUAUGCAUGUGUUAUCACAAACAGAGCAGGGAGAGCUAUUACAUCUGGAAGUUUGAAUUUUGAAAUGCCAGAGGAAAUGCCUGCUAGAAAGAAAUAUGAUGGAAAACCCACCAUUAUACCAGAUAUACCUGUAGAUAAAAGAUAUGAUGAUUACCCUGAUAUUUCUGGAUGCUAUGCAAGUCGUCCAACUAUGUCUGAUAUCAAACCAACUUCUGCAAGGCUUUCGUGGGUUCCAGCUGUGUCAGCUGAUAUUCCUUCUAAAGUCGGUCCAAUUACAUAUAGCAUUGAGAAUAGAGAAUUACCCCACAGAACAUGGAAGCCAUUUGCAUCUGGAAUUAAGGGAAAUGAUCACUUUCUUGAUAAUCUGAACCCUGAUACUGAAUAUAUGUUCCGUAUUAAAGCUGAAAAUAGGAAUUUUACCUCAGAACCAACAGCACCUGUGAUGCUGCCAAGACGAACUGUUAUGCCAUCGUUUCCUUUGACAACACCGCUAAUCACAGAUCUCAGUGAAGAAUCAACGAGGUUAGCUUGGAGACCUAUGCAACUUACUCCUGAAAGUAGCAAAAGAAGGCAUACACCACAUACCUAUAGGUUGGAAAUUGCUGAGCUUCCAAGUAAAGACUGGAUACCUUUGGCAAGUGACAUACCUGAUACUAGUCAUUAUAUUCAUGGCUUAAAUCCAGAAAAAGACUACAUGAUUCGAGUGAGAGCAGAAAUUGAUCAUGGUGUUCUAAGUGAACCUACAUAUCCAAUUACUUUAAGAAGAGCUAAAGGAAUAUCCAUUGAGUGGGAGAAAUAUCCAGUAUAUCCUGGUAUACCAGUUGAUCGUCCUUACAUUGAAAACCUUGACCCAACAUCAGUUCGUCUUCGAUGGAAUCGGCUGCACAUACCAAGUUUCAGAGCAACAGAUGAUGAGCUAACAUAUAUUCUUGAAAUACAACAAGUUCCUGAUUAUAAGUGGCGUGAAUAUGCAUCCAAAAUACCAGACACGUCUUACGUUGUCAAAGGGCUGGAGCCAAAUAAAGAUUAUAGAUUCCGAGUGAGAGCAUAUUCUCCACUGGGAGUUACUGAACCAUCACCACCUGUAACAUUACACAGAACUAUGGCAAAAGGUAAAAGCCCAAUUGAUCAUCUGGAUAUUGAACAAUAUGAACCAAGCACUGUAAAUCUCAGAUGGAGCAGAACAGAUAUACCUGGCUAUGGUGAUGGUGAUGGAUCACUUUUAUUUAUGAUUGAAUCACAACAGCCUCCUCAUCCAGACUGGCAUCCAGUUGUCAGUGGUGUACCAACAACAAGUUACCAUAUAGGUGAUAUUACUCCAGCUCGAGAUUACAACUUCCGAGUUAGAGCUUUAAGUGAAUAUGGAUUGAGCCCCCCUUCAAGAACAGUUGCUUUAAGUAGGUUUGCAUCUCCUAUCAGGCCACCAAUCCAUAAUUUAGAAAUCUAUGAAGAACUUCCUGAUGUGUUGUUAAGAUGGAAUCUAAUUAAAAAGCCAGUACAUGAAGUGGAGUAUCCAGUGAUUGAUUAUAUUAUUGAACAACAAGACAUACCAGGAUAUCAUUGGCAUGAGAUAGCCAGAGGAGUAACUGGAACAAGUUACAGAAUCAAAAAUUUGUCACCAAAUCAUGAUUACUUUUUCAGGAUUCGUGCAAAUACAAAAGGAGGUUUGAGUGAUCCAACCCCACCUAUUGGCUUAUAUAGAACACCAAUGCCACCAAAACUUUCCCGAACAGAUGUUAUCCUUUCACCUUUUGGGAAUGAUUCUGUUAACCUAUCUUGGAAGCCAGCUGAGGUUCCAGCCUAUCAACACCUCCGUUCUCCAAUUACAUAUAGCAUAUUUAUGCAAGAAUAUCCAAGUAUGGAAUGGAUGCCAGUGGCAAAUAGAAUAACUCAGCUCAACUAUAGGGUGAUUGGCUUAAAGCCUGACCGAGAUUAUCGAUUCAGGAUUCAAGCUCAAACUGACAGUGGUAUCAGUGAACCUACAUUCCCUGUCCUUUUACAAAGAAGACCUGUUCCUCAAAUGGAUUUGUAUGAACCACAUAUCUCUGACAUUCACCCAACAUCUAUAAAACUGUCCUGGAAAGAGGGCAGAUUACCACGUGGUUAUUCAAAGAGCCUCAAUCAAUUACUGUACAUCAUUGAAAUUCAAGAACCUCCUUCUGAAUUAUGGCACCCUCUGGCUCGGGAUAUAAGUACUCUAAGUUACCAGGUAUCAAGUCUUUUACCAGAUCGAGACUAUUUGUUCCGUGUUAGAGCUUACAUAGGAUCAGAUCUGAGUGAGCCAACACUUCCUGUGUAUUUGGCUAGACGUGCAGGACCUCCACGGAUGACUAAAGACAUACCCUAUGUUGUUGAUAUCACUUCUGAUUCAGUAUCAUUAGCUUGGAGAUCAGCUGAAAUACCCUCUAGAAUUGUUGAUUAUUCACCAGUUUCCUACAGGAUUGAGUUACAAGAAGUACCUUUUGGCCACUGGAUUACUGUUGCUAAAGGUAUACCAACAACAUCUUUCAAGUUGGAUAAUCUACAUCCAAAUAAAGAAUAUGCUAUCCGUAUUAGAGCUGAAAAUGAAUUUGGUAUCAGUGAACCAACUGGUGCAUUAAUCCUUAGAAAAAGAGCAGUUCCACCUUGUAUGCAUCAUGAAGAACCACUCAUAUCUGAUGUUCAGCCUGGAUCCCUUCGCCUAUCAUGGCGUGUUGCAGUCCUGCCAUCAUAUUUAAGAGACAAGAUACCCAUAACUUAUAGUAUUUAUGUUCAAGAUUCUCCAUCAUCCAAAUGGAGGCCACUUGUUACUAAAAUCCCACACACGUCAUACUACUUAACAGGAUUACGCACUGACAAAGAUUACAUCUUUCGAAUUCAAGCUGAGACACCAUUUGCUGUCAGUGAACCAUCGAUGUCAAUAAGGGUUCCUGCCAUCUCCCAAUACAAACGACCUAUUGAAACCCCUGAGAUAGUUGAUAUCCAAUCUAAAGGCUUUCAGCUGUCUUGGAGACCAACAAGAGCACCUUCUGUUGGAAAAGAUUACACAUAUGCUAUUGAAUCACAAGAACUUCCUUCAAGAGAAUGGAAGCGUGUGGUUGGCGGUGUGAGGAGUACCACUUACAAAUUAACAGACUUAAAACCAAAACGUAACUACUUAUUUCGAGUUCGAGCUGAGACAGGUUCUAGUUCUGUUAUUGAACCAUCAAUUCCUAUGUCAUACAGUCGAAGUAGAGUUGUUCCACAAUGCCCCAUUGAACGACCUCAAUUGUAUGGUAUUGAACCACAAUCUGUCUGGAUAUCAUGGCGCCGGCUUUAUAUUUCACCUUAUAAAACAAAUAUUCAGUUGCGAUAUACAAUUGAAAUUCGGGAAUAUCCAAGUCAUCAAUGGAGAAGUUAUGCAACAAGAGUCACUGAUAAUUACUACAAAAUCACAGGCUUGAAACCUAGCUGUGAUUAUCAUUUUCGAAUCAAGCCUGAAACAAUGUCUGGAGAAAGUCUAGAGGCUUCACAUCCAGUAGCUCUUUACAGAUCUGCAGUUAUACAACGUGCUCCAGCUCAACGACCAGAGAUAACAGAUGUUGACCAUGAAUCACUUGCUUUAAGAUGGGCUCGUGUUGAUGUACCUGCUGUUUUAGGAGGAGACAAACAACUGACAUUUAUGAUUGAAAAACAGGAGCCACCUAAAUAUGACUGGUCAACAGUUGCAAGUGGUGUAACUGACACAAAAUACAAAGUAACAGGUCUUUCUAAAUCGAAAGACUAUAUGUUUCGCGUCCGUGGAGAACAUCCACUAGGUCAUACAAUACCUUCAUCACCAGUUCUAUAUUACCAGACAAAAGGUGCAGUAUCAAAAAGUAAACUGCAUAUUACUGACAAAAAAAAAUUCUAAUUACAAAUUAGAGCUUCACCAUGUUGUAUAAUGAUGUGAUAUGCUUUAAACUUAUUUGAUGAUGCAAGCCUAAGCUGGUAAUUUAUUUAUGAAACUGCAUUUGGUGAUUGCAUUAUCAAACACUGAAAAAUCAGCAUACUUUUAUUAAAUCAACAUGGUAGACAGUGUGGAAUUUUGUUAUCAUAAUCAUGCAUAUUAAUAGUUAAAUUAGGUUAAAUAAUCAAAGAGAUAAAUAAUAACAAAAUUCCAUACCUCUGUAAUAAUCACAAUAUAAGUAUGUAUGUAUGUGUGUAUGUGUAUGUGUAUAUAUAUAUAUGUAUAUAUCUACAUAUACACACACACACAUACACAGGUACACACACUACCUUUUUUUAAAAUUAAUUACUUAACACUAAAGUUUAAUAUCUAAUUUAAAUGUUGCAAUUUCAGAUAGAUAUAAAAAAAAUGUCCUUUUGAGUACUAGAUAAAUGUUAACCUGGCUUUAUAGAUAUUUAGCUGAGCAUGAUUAUUUUUAUAAAUUAGCUCUAGAGUUUAUAACUUGCAUGUGACUCCAGAACUAUAUUAUUAUCAUGCAUUUUAAUUUUCUAAUGGAAUUGAUAUUUUAGUUUAAAAUUAAGUUUUAUUUAAGCACUUAAACUGAAGAGUUUUAGGUGCUUGAUUAUAGGGAAAAGUUUGGGAAUUUAGAUGUUUUACAGACAAAAAGCCACUGAUUUUAAUAAUAAAACAAUAAAAUGAUGCAUAUUUAACACAUAUUUCUAUUCAAAAUAUUUACAAUACGAAUGAUUUCGUUUACAAAAUGUAUUUAAAUAUUUAAAUUACUUUUUAAUAAGUAACAAUAGGUACAGUUAAUGUUCAUUAUUUUUAUUUUCUAUUAAUUUUAUUUGCUAUUUUAAAAAAGUUUGGUAAACAAUAAAUUCCAGUAUUUUAUCCUUUGAAUAUAAGAAUUUGUGCUAUAUGAUAUUACCAACUGGAUUUUUAUUGGUGAAGAACUGAAUUUGUUUAGAACUAUGGAAAAAAAAAAAAAAAAAUCAUACAAAUAUGACUUCCUGAAUGCUGCCCACCAACUUUUUGCUUGAGCCAUUGUACAAUCUUGAAAUAUGCUACUCUAUAUUUCCCUUUCAAUUAGAAUGUUUGUUGUCCUUCAAAAUCCAGAAUGUUAAACUCUUCCCAUACCUUUUCCCUCCUGCAUUUGGAAUCAAUACAUUACUAUUGCAAAUUGUAUGUUCAAUAAACAACCAAUAUACCGCAACCAAGUGUUUCUGGUCUUUGAUCUACCCUUCAAUCUUUCGAUUGGGAUUACUUUCCUUUUUACCAAGCUGAUAAUACUUGCAUCUGUGAUUGCUGUGAUAUUUUCCUGGUGAACUGGACUCUUACACUUAGAAUGCAUGAAGAUUUUUUCUCCUGCCCUGCACCAAUAUGCAGAUAUUGUUGAUGUAUUUAAAUGUAUAUAUGCAAUAAAUACACUUUAUGCAUAGAAUAAAAAUCUAGAAAAUUUA